AUGCAUUUUAUAUUGAGAUUGGGAUUUGCACUAACCUUUUUGUAUGAGACACUCUCUUAAACAUGCAGAUCAAAAAAUACAGAGUAUAAUCUAUUGACGAUUGUGAGCGGUGAGACUUUCCGCUUGCCAUUAAAUGAAUAUUUCGUUGGGGAUGGACUUAAAUAUUCUAUUUUACCCUAGGGAGGAGCCUUUAAACUGAACUAGCCCGAAAUCUAAUAAGGAACAAUACAAGGAACAAUAAUUUCGUCGACUUCUUCAACCUUCAAUAAUAACCCUUACAUCUAGGGUAAAUAUUACUAUGCACUUGCUCAGACUGGCAACUCUGAUUAUACAGUCUAUAAUUUAACACUGAAUACAUCAUCUUAUAACUCCAGCAUUUCAAACAUAACCUCAGGAACAUGCUACUCAAUUAAUUAUUUGAUAAAUAUGGUUGUGGUGACAUGUUCAUAAUAGGGAACAAAUUACCUUGAAUAUUUAUUCUAUCCUGAAUCCAAUCCAGGGGAUUCCAAGACUACUAUAAUCGAUACUAUUACAAUCACUCCUGGAUCAUAUGUGAUGACUUAAAUAGCUGGAUAAUAUAUAGUGACUUUGAUGAAUGCGGGAACAUUCUAAAAUGGUAACUAUUCAGUCCUAUCCACAAACAUUGCGGUUUUUCAAUUUGAUGAGAGUUCGAGUGGAUCAGACACACUCUCCAGAAUCAACCUUCCCGUCAUUCUGAGCAAUAAGAGCGAAUCAAUAACUGACUUUUAUACAGGGGUUUCUAUAAAUUAAAAUGGAAUUUUGUUUGUAUCUACUUAUUACUCCGGAUUUAUGUCUAUUAAUUUGUAAGAUGUUCAAGCCUCCAACUAGUAAUUCAACCCUUUUAGCGUAGGCACUUUGGGUAUCAGUUCUUUUAAAUUGGAAUACAAUAAUGAUUUAUUUUAUAUAGCUAUUUGGAGCAGUGAAGGCUUGAUAGUUGCAGAAUUUCAUGAUAAAGUUGUAGAUUUGGCCCCAGCUGUAUAUUCUAGGGAUAUUGGAUAUAUAUAGGCUAAUUUCAUUGAAAGUAAUCAAAUUCCCUUAACUUAAAUGUUUACAACUUAAGUUUUCAUGAAUUCUAGAUACAUCAUAGUUAGCAAUUUCAAUGGAAUUUCUGUUUAUCCAAGCCUUUUGAAUUCUAUUAAUGAUUGGAAAUUGCUGUAUUACUAUAAUACAAGCGUAUAAUCUGCUGCAUUUGACUACUUCAAUAAUAUUAUGCUGGCUGUAUCAGGUUAAAUUGUGACUACCUAUUUGUUCAGCAAUCCAACCCUCACAAUCUCAAAUCUACCUGUUAAUACAACCAUCUAAAAUAUUACCAUAACGGCAAGCAUCAAUAUGUUUGAAGAUAUUCAAAACUCUGCUUGCGUAUCAGUGAUGUUAUACUAUAAUGUCACUUCAAGUGAAUAUUAAUAAUCAAUAUUCAACUCAUUUCAAACGAAUACUACAAAACAGACAUUUGUUCAAUGGGGUCCCUUGUUCUAACUCUUUUUGGGAUCCACUCAAUUUGUGAACAUUAACAAAAUGCUCAUUGGGCCUGCUAUUUUAGCUGGAUAACCAAUAACCCAAUAAGCAUACUCUAAUUUUGAUAUUUAAUUUUCAAAUGUUCUGUCCACUCCUUAAAUAGAUACACCUUUCAGAAUCAACUCAAAUCUAAUAGGUGUAUAAAGGAUUUUAUACUCUCAAUUAUUUUAUGAUGCACCCUUUUUAUAAAAUUAUCAUUAUAAGGGAUCUUUAACUGAUAACUAUCUACAAUUGGUGUAGGUUUCAAAUUACGUUGCUCUGUUUUAAUGCGCAGCCCUAUAGAAUUUGCCAUGCUAUUUAAUUGCUAACAUUGCAGUUAAAGACAUAUUAGUUGAGCAAUUCGCCUUGAGUAUAUCAGCCAACAAUUCAUUGAACGUAGCUUUUAUGUGGAAUGAAUAUGAUAUCAAAGAAAAAAUAACAAUUGGAAAAACUAGAAUUUGCAUGCUAGAUUAUCCAUAUGAAGCAUUUUAUUAAACAUGCAAGACCUUGAAUUAUAACUUGAAUUAAACAAACUCUUCCAAAGCAAUCCAAAUUGGAUUGAUUUAAAAUAAUUUCUUUAUGCUUUAUUCAUAACCAAUAUCAGAUGAAUAAUAAAAAACGAAAUUCUCAGCUUUUAAUCUUCUACAAUUCUUGACUGAAGAUACCAACGUUACUGACCUUUAAUCUUUUAAAACAUAUCCAGCCCUUGACACUAUCACAAUAAAUAGUUUCUCAUAUAAUGUUCCUGCCUAUGGAAACAUCAUCUUCCUUAAUACUUAGAAUGUUGUAGAAGGUACCCAUUUUUAUUACGUAACUUCUAUCAAUUAUAAUGCAGGCUUAUAAAUUUCCUCUACUAAUUAAAGUUAUUUUAUAUCAGAAAUAGGAACUGUUCAAACAUAUAAUAGUACCACAGAAAUAGUUUCAUCUCUACAAUUAACCAUCGAAGGAAUGUACCAUUUGAUAAUAAACGACCUUGGAUAAUCAACAUUAACGUUUUAUCCAAGAAUCGAACUAUUGCCAAUACUACUUGUAUAUCAAUAUAAGUAAACAAUUCCAAAUGCCAACCUUAAUGGAGUUAAAUUGUACUUGUAUGGAGUGCAGAAGAUAGUGUAAACUGCUGCCUCAGCUCGUUUCCUCUACAUUAUGGUUUAGCCAUCCAAUUCAAAUACAUACCAAAUUUAUGUGUACAGGAAUACCCCUUCCAUUUAGAAUGCCUUGUAUUAUGUGAUCUCUUCCAAUGUUAAUGUUCAGAUAGUCAAUGCUCCCUUUAGUGUGGCCAGUGCCGCAUAAUAUGAUGGAAUCCUAUUCAAAUCCAAAGGAAAUGAAGGAUACACUAACAGUUUGCUUUUAGAGGAAUUUGAAUUUGCUGUAUAAUGCAAUUUGAAUAGCAAUUUCUUGGAGUAAACAGAAUACAGCUAUAUUAUUUUUAAGGCCUCCAGUCUAUUGUAAACGGCAAUAUUACAAGAGUCUGCCUAAGAAUAUUGGGUAACCUUUCAAUCUGUGAAUCUAGUUUCCUUUGUAAAAGAAGCAAGUACAAUAGCGGAUGGAUUAAGUAUUUCACCAUAAGGAUACACCUAAGUGGAUCCAAGAGAGUACUUCUUAGGCAAUAUACAAAACUUCUAAUUAACAAAUGGAACUAAUCAGUCAACUUACUAUUAUUUCGACAUCGCCUCUCCAGUGGAAAGACAACCACAAACCUAGAACUAUUAGUUUCCAGUGACGGGAGUCUCGGCCUACAUGUAUAUCGAAAAUGUUUCAGGAGGCUUCUCGUAACCCUAAUAUUGGUUCACCUUCGUGUAAACUAAUAGAUUAGUCUAUGUGACACCUUACUUUUAUUAUAAACCUCCUUAAGAUUUUGUUGAUAAUUCAACAGUGAAAAUCGAUUAUCCUUUGAUCUACAAGUUGCCUAUAUUGGACAUAUCUCCCAAUUCCUAGAAUUGUCCUUUGAUAUUUGUCGAUGCAUACUCAAAAGGAGUGGUAAGUGUGUGUGGAACUAACAUAAAUAAUAAAUUUGCCGCUUCCUUCACAUUAUUUAACCCACUCACUAAGGAGGUGUAGGAAACCAAGAUAAUUCAGUUGGAUGAAGCAUUCCCAACACUCAAAGCGCAAAAUUAAACAAAUAACGGAACAUAUUUUCUUUCAUCAGCUACAUACUUGGAUAUAGGAGUGGUCGUGUUGCAAUUCUAAUACAAUUAUAACUUUGGUUCAGCUCCGCCAACCAUUAUAAUAUUACCAUUUUUAUAUACUUCUAACUUGUUUUGGAGAAUAGCCAGUUAUCCAUCCAAUCCAAGUACCAAUUUUUUCUAGUUCAUUUAACCAAUUCAAUCUAUAUAUCAGGUUCCAAAUAACACUUAGGCCAAUUAAUAUUCAGUCACAGUAAUCCAGAUGACUAAUGAAUACUUCGGAGGUUUAAAUUAAAAUUUAACAUUAAAUCCAGUAUCUCAAAUAAUGUUCGGUUAUAUAUGUGUAUCAGAAAUUGAUGAGCUUAGUCAUUUCAAGUGGAAUUGUAAUCGCAGUCACUCCAGAAAAUAAUUUGUCUUCAAUAUUUUCUUCAAAUGUAAGUGUAAGUGUUGUGCGUCGACAAACUCCUUGCUCCCAUUCACAUCAUAUACCAACAAUCUGUAAUUGCUUAAUCUGGUUUCAGAUUACACAAAAAAUUCAGUCCAAAAAUUAAUUUAAGCAGGAUCUCCAAUUAUUCAAUAUAAUGCAAUCUCUGUAAUACCUGUAAUAGCAGUCAGUCAAGGAACAGCAUAUGUCUUCAACUUAGAAUUUCAGUUGGCCAAUGGAGAAUAUCUCUAAAGCAAAUAUGCUUGCACCCUCCUUGGAUUAUCUAAUAAGAAUCGUAUUCUGCAAAUUUCAGCAAGCAGUUCAAACACAGGCUAAUAUCAAGUAGUUGCUAUUGUAGCCAAUCCAACAUCUAUGAUUAAUAAUUAGGUUACCCUGCUUAAUUAUGGAUUUAUUAAUCAAUAAUGCAACAUAAAUUAUACACCCUAGCCAAAUGACCCAAUUAUUGUAAAAUAAGGAGUGGAAGUCAUAGUAACAGCCAUAGGAUCAACCACCUAUAUUUCUACUGAAUCCAAUCCUAUUCUAUCAUUGAUGCAACCAACUUCAGUAGCUAACUAACCUGUUACAGAAGUAGCCAGAACUUUGAUCAGUGAUAAUCAAGUCAUUACAUUGCUUGAUACAAGUCCUUAUCUUACCAUCUCAGCUUAUCCUAAUUAUAAUCUCAAAGGAGGAGUUACACUUAAUUCUUCAGGAAUUAUCUCUAAUGUUACUGAACCACUAGUCACUUCCAUUUCAGCCAUUAGCAUUUAGACCUACAUCAACAAUUAACAGGUUUCAGGAAAGGGAGGAUCAACAAUCUUUAAUUUCACUAUUAAAGACAUCCCUAUAAAUCCUUUAUUCCCAGACUCUGUUUGGGAUAGAAAAUUAUGGGGUUAGUUCAUUUGGGGAUUCUUCAUGUUUGCUAUUAUCGUUGGAGUCGUUGGAUACUUAUUUUAUAAAUCUCAGCCAUUACCUUAUGAAAGGCUUUGA